AAAUGACUACCUAUGGCUAUUGAGAAUCGUAUUAAGCGGUGUAGUUGAUAGAGUAUUGUAUUCAGUUUUACAGUGUCUCCGCGCAGCGCGCGUGAGAUGAGUCUUCCAUUUAGCAGCUCAGUGAAGUGGCUUUGAUCUCGUUGCCAUGGGAGCUGUCAGAAGCGCAGCGCCAAACGCGCGGCUUGCUGCAGCCUGUCCAGCGUUAAACUAGCUUAACUAAUUAGAAAUACUUAGCUUAUAAAUAUUAAAUGGCUUACCGGUCGAUUAGCUAACACUCACGUCUCGAUAGCGGCGAAAGAAUACUAUAUAUUAGAGGAAUAUUUUGGUGUAGGUGGUGAUCUCUCACAAAUGCAGUACUAUCUAAACUGCACAUGAACCUGUAACUGUUUGGAUUCACUCCAAGGAUGUCGCACAGUUCAUACGGCCGAAUGUGGGCUGCUGCUCAGGGAGCCCUGGAGAACCUUUUGGAGGAUGAGUAUCCAACAACGCAACUCCGUCCUCAAAAAGAUCGCCACCAGGUGUUUCAGACGCUGGCCACUUUCUACCUCCGCUACCUAAAGAUAUUUUGUUCCCUGGAAGAAGUUUAUGAUCAAAUUGUUCACCCACAGAAGAGAAGUGUGGUGCGCCAGGUUCUCCAGGGGGUGAUGGGAAGACUUGUAGAGCUGAAGAAUGAGAUGGUGGAGCUGGAGUACUCAGAGUUUCACUAUUUUGAUGACAUAUUGCAAGACUUCAAGAUGACACCUGAGGACCUCGAGGUGCCUAUUCCCCGUUAUUUUGUAAGGGAGAGAAUAAGGGCACUAAAAGAGAGAGAGAAAAUGCUGACUCAUAUUUUAACAUCAGGAGGACAUCAGGAACAUUCAACACAGGCCACUGUCCAGUCCAUGUCUGUGGAGCGAGCCGUGUGGUUGCUGCAAGUCAGCGAACGAGCUCGGCAGGGAAGGCUGAGAGCUCAUUUCAUGGAAAAGAUUCGGCAGGAGGAACAAAGACUGCAGAGGGAUAGUUCCAGCACAGACAUUGUGGACCCUGAUCUGGCAGCCACGUGCAUUCAGAAGGUGUGGCGAGGGUACCGAGACAGGAAGAGGGUCAACAAGGAACGUCUAGAAGAGAUGAUAUUUCUAGGAAUGAUACCAGCCCAGCAUCCGACACCCAGCCCUGCCCAUCUACGAGCCCAGCAGGUGAAAGGCAGAAGGCACAGGGUGCAAGAGGAACAUGAGGCUGAGUACCAGAAAGCCCUGGUCAGCAUCAAGGAGUCUGUACAAACUGUGGAUGGACCCGAUAUUAAGGAAACCCUGCAAGAACAAAUACGCCAGUGGUUUAUUGAGUGUCGAGAUGCAACAGGGAAGUUCCCUGACUUUCCGAGUGCUGAGGAUGGAGGAUCUGCAUCCAUAUUUGCUCAGAAGACACCAGAACAGGUUGCUGCUGAACUCGCCGCUAAGGAAGAAGAGAGAGAGAAGAAGAAAAAGUUGAAGGGGGAAAAGGACAAAAAAGGGAAUGACCGCAAAGAAAAGAAGAAAGAGAAGAAAGGAAAGAUGAAAGGAAAAAAGGGGAAAGGAGAUCCAGAGGAGGAGGAACAGGGAUGGAAGAUGACUCCUAGUAACUUCCUUCCUACGGUAGUCGAGGGAGCAAAACUGUACAAAGAGGUUUGGCAUAACCGGGAAGAGAAACAGAACUUCCUUCAGCGUUUUGAUCCUCAGUUGGUGCGAGAGGAGAAAAGAUUGGAGGUUGAAGAGGAGCUUAGAGUUCAGGUGGAUGAACUGAUGAGGCAGGAACUAAAGAACCUUAAGCUGGUCGUGGACAGAGAAAAGGGAAAGAAAAAGAAAAAAGGAAAGAAAAGCAGUAAAAAGAAAAAGAAGAAAGGAAGAAAGACUGGAAAAAAGAAGAAGAAAAAGGAGAAAGAUCUAACAGCUGAUAGGUCAAUAGAAUCCCUGUAUGAGGAGCUUGUACUAGAAGGCUUCAUAAUUAGACCGAUGAAUGUCAAGUUAUCAGACUACAUAGGUGAGUACAGUUACCUAGGGACAACCUUACGGCAAGCAGAUAUUGAGCCCAUGCCAUCACUUUCUGACAUCAGACAGCUCGUCGCACUUUAUGGCAUCCUGCCUCUGGGCUCUCAGUGUGUCCAUGAGAGAGGACCCCUGAUCCGCUCACUGCUGCUUGCCGGUCCCGCAGGUGUAGGAAAGAAGAUGUUGGUCCAUGCCUUAUGCACAGAGACUGGGGCGAACCUAUUCAACCUUUCCCCUACAGCACUGGCUGGCAAAUAUCCAGGCAAGAGCGGACUGCAGUACCUCCUGCACAUGGUUUUCAAGGUGGCUCGGCAGCUGCAGCCCUCUGUCAUUUGGAUAGGAGACGCUGAGAAAACAUUUUACAAGAAGGUUCCAAAGCUGGAGAAAGAGAUGGAACCCAAAAGGCUGAAGAAAGUUCUGCCAAAGGUCCUGAAAUCUAUUAAGCCAGAAGACCGUGUUUUGCUUGUGGGGACAACACAGAGACCUUUUGAUGCAGAUAUCAAACCUUUCUGUAAAGUUUACAAAAAGAUCAUUUUGAUCCCUAGACCGGAUUAUGCAUCAAGACUUACUCUGUGGAAGGAGCUGCUUCACGCAAGAGGUGCUCAGCUGGGUCCCAAGCUGGACUUGAGCUCUUUAGCUAAGGUCACAGAUGGAUACACACAGGGUCAUAUCGUUCAGGCAAUCCAGACUGUCCUGAGCUCUCACCGCCUCAACCAGCAGACCAAGAGACCCAUUACUGCUGUGGAGUUUAUCCCCCCUCUUGCACUGCAAGACCCUGUUUACAAAGAAGAGGAGGAGGCCUUUAAGGCUUGGUACAGCCGGUCACCCCUGGGCAAAAAACGUGCAAGGGCAGCCAGGGCCAGUGAAGAGGAGGCGAACCCGAAGAAAGGAAAGAAAAAAGGAGGGAAGAUACAAAAGAAAGGAAAGGAUGUAAAAGGCAAAAAGAAAAAGUGAAGGAGCGCCCCUUUUCAUGGAUUUUGUGCAAUUAAGAUGAAUGUUUACAUGGUUGUUUAAAAACAUUGGUCUAUUUAGUUAUUCAUGAAAGAAAAAUUGCAGCAAUUCAUCGUUUGGCCAGCAGAGAGCAUUAGAACAUUUUCUAAUGUGGAGUCCAAUGCUGUAUACACUCACCUAAAGGAUUAUUAGGAACACCAUACUUAUACUCUGUUUGACCACCUUUCGCCUUCAAAACUGACUUAAUUCUAUGUGGCAUUGAUUCAACAAGGUGCUGAAAGCAUUCUUUAGAAAUGUUGGCCCAUAUUGAUAGGAUAGCAUCUUGCAGUUGAUGGAGAUUUGUGGGAGGCACAUCCAGGGCACGAAGUUCCCGUUCCACCACAUCCCAAAGAUGCUCUAUUGGGUUGAGAUCUGGUGACUGUGGGGUCCAUUGUAGUAUAGUGAACUCAUUGUCAUGUUCAAGAAAUCAAAUUUGAAAUGAUUCGAGCUUUGUGACAUGGUGCAUUAUCCUGCUGGAAGUAGCCAUCAGAGAAUGGGUACAUGGUGGUCAUAAAGGGGUGGACAUGGUCAGAAAUAAUGCUCAGGUAGGCCGUGGCAUUUAAACGAUGCCCAAUUGGCACUAAGGGGCCUAAAGUGUGCCAAGAAAACAUU